AUGAGAUCUUUAUCACUGUUAAUUACAGCCUGCGCUUUGGCGGCUGCAAAGAAAUAUAGUCUAGAGAUAUUGUACGUCCAGGAUGUGAGUGGCUCGUUUGCUUCCGAUCUGGUGGAGAUUAAGCGCCAGGUUCCGGAUGCUCUUCGGGCUUUACAAAAUGAGUACAGAUAUACCCGCGUGGGUUUGGCUUCCUUCGUCGACCGACCGGAAGCUCCGUUCGGGAGCGCUGUCGACUACUGUUACCGAUUACGCUACCCACUAACGUCCGACGUUGCGCACGUGGAAGACGCAUUGGGGCGCAUCAUCACUCGUGAUGGUGGCGACUUUGAAGACUGUCAACUCAUCGCAAUGGCGGAAGCGACUCAGUCAAGGACUCGGUGGACAAAUGGUACACAGUAUCAGACCGGCGAACAAAUCCUCAAGUUUGUCAUCUUGACCACAGACAGUCCCUACCACGAAGCCGGAGACUAUCCAGCAGGCGAAAAAUACCGUAACGAUCAAGAACAGGGUGAUGACGAACGAAAGGAAACCAAGGUGAUGGAUUAUCCCGCUGUCGCAAGCGUCAAGACAUUGUUGCAGGACAAAGAUAUUAUGCCAGUAUUCAUUACCAAAAAGAACAUCUUGCCGGCAUACAUGCAGUUAAGUCUGGAGCUAGGUGGCUAUGUAUUUGAAUUAGAUGACGAUGCCAACAAUUUGAUGGAAACGAUACUACAAGGAUUGCACACGAUUAUCAAGAUGGUUGAUCUAGACUGUCACAGUGGCCACUGCCCCGAUCCGGUCUCAGCAGAAGUUGAUAACAACCUUGUUGUGCAUUUCGACCAUAUACCAGACAGUAUUCGUGUCGCCCUGGCAGACGAUGUAACGGCUCCGACCUUGUUGGACGGGGAGUUUACAGUAGAUGCUUUCGAUGACCAACCAGUCGACCAACCAGUCGACCAGCCAGUCGACCCCAUUAGAGACGCUGACUAUGACGAUUUACAGACUUUGAGUGAAGAUCUGGAUCCACUUGAGGAGAUGGACAUGAUGGUGCCGGAGCAAGAAUUCGACAUGGACGUCCCAGAGCAAGAAUUCGAGGCUACUCUCCCAGAACAAGAGUUCGACGCUGACCUCUCAGAAAAGGAAUUUGAAGUCGGGGAGUUCAUCGAUGAUAAGGAAUUCGUCAAUGAGAAAGAGUUCGACUUAGGUGUGAAGGAGGAAGAAUUCGGAGCGGAUACUAAGGAGGAAGACUAUGUCGUAGAUCAGGACAAGGAGGAGAAACCAUCGGGGUCAGGCGGGGGGAAACCUUCUAAAAUCGACCUGAUACAAAAGGGACGUGCCCGGGACGGACAAGUGCGUGCCCGGGACGGACAAGUGCGUGUGUUCUCCAAAUAG